AUGGAAGUGCUCAUUCGUAUUAAGGAAGUCAAACACGCCAUAAAAAGAGAACAGCGAGGUUUUGCUUGCCCUGUGUGCCUUAAAACUUUGAAAACAACUUCAACAUUCAAAAUUCACGUAAACGAUCUUCAUGAAGGAACAAUGCAAAUCUUUAAUGCAAAAAGCUUGAAUGUAAAACGAAAGUCUGAGUUCAGUUCUCCAACUCUCAAAUUGCCCAAAGUGUGCAGCAAGGAUGAAAUCAAAACUGCUAUUGAUACCUUAAAGGAGAAUGAUAUUUUAACAAAUGACCUGGCUACUAUUGCAGCAAUGAGUGCCAUGGGAUCCGAUACAAUAGACCAGCAAAGACUACUUCUUAUGACAGAGAUGAUGAAUGCUCACCCUAUAGCAUUGACAUCGACGGAUAAACGACAAUAUUAUUUAUUGGGAAGUAGCUCAACUAUAAAAGAGUUAGCAUCAAGCCAACCUUCUGUCAACUUUAUUAUACCGCUAUUGCAGCAAAAUACCAUUACUGAAAAUGUUAUCGGGAAAAAAAACCUAUUAGACUAUAUUAUAUCAAAUUCACCAUUAUCACGUUUACUAAAAAACGAAAUAUAUUGGGAGAUAAAUCAAGAAACCUUGGAAAUGGCAAAUCAUGACUGGAGAACCAAUCCUCAAUCACGAUACGGUGUUUCACAGCUUUUUGCUGGCUGUAUUUUACUGGAUGGAACCAACGCUUUGCUAGUAAACUGUAUAGAGACAUAUGGAAGGAAAAAAGACGUUGAUCCACAUGCAGAGAGGUACUCAAAGGGCGAACAAUACAAUUCUUUGCCAGCUUGUGACGAUAUUUAUGAGAGUGUUUGCACUCGAUCAAUUUACAAUGAUGAAAGCAACAAGUUGAUCAUUGGCACUUUUAGCUGCAAUAUGUUGAUAACCUCAAGCUGCACUAUAGAGGAAAACCCGAAAAUCAGUGUUGGACCAUCCACUAAUUCGUUUCAACCUUCGAAACAAACAAGAAUAUAUCUGCACGAAAAAUCUAUUAAAAAGGCACGUUUGUUACUUAAGGAAGAUAAAUGCGACAGGCUGUACACCUACGACCUUUUAGAACAAGUAAAACAAAUCAGAUCGAAGUUUUAUCGGACUGAGACAUAUUCAAGGUGUAGGUGCUCUUCAGAAUACACCAAGGGACACAUUUACCAGCCUUAUACAGUAUUCACUUUAUUCUUUUAUGACUCGAAUCAAACCGAAGACUCGGCAGCAAAACGUGCAUCUGAAAUAUUCAAUCGAAUUGCCACAGAGGUCCAUACUUCUACAAAACAUGAUAGAAGGCCUGUUCUCAAUAAAAAUACGUUGGAAUGGUUUAUUGGCAAAAGUGGAGAUAUUGCAGACAUCGUUAAUUGUAUUGCAAGAUUGUUUGAAACUAGUGAUGAAAUUGAAAUUAUUGGAAAUAUGAAGUUGGACGAGCAAUUGAAAUUAUUGGCAAAGCUGUGCUCGACUCCAAUAAAAACAGCCAACGAUACAGUAAUUGGAAGAUUGGUUCAAAAACUUAUUCUCAAUUGUGAUUAG